UCGUGAUCACGUGACCAUUCUGAGUGAGCCGAGCCCUUAAAAGCAGGAGAACAGAGGUGUGGGUCAGAGUUUAGUUCAAUAGCGUCGACAAGUAUGUCAGUGUCGGAGUGGCUGUACCCCGUGACCCACCAGGGUGGCUACCCACCCUAUUCUGGCCCCGGCCAGCUCAGCCCCGCAGCGCCCUAUUGUGUCAUGUCGCAUUACGACCAUCCCAGUGCCACGCCCAGCCCACAGUGCCAACCUCCACCCACUGCCUCGUCACCUUCCUGGUCUUCACACAUAACCACCUCCUCGUACUCCGAAGGGCGCCCAAGUCCCUCCUGCUCUCCCAUGAGCAGUUGUGAGAGUCUUGAAGUUGGUUCGCCUCGUUCUUGGAGUAUGUCAUCUAGUGGGCCAGCCUCGUGGUCGUGGGGCGCUCCUGGCACCACCCACCCGCUACUGGCCGCUGCCGCAGCCGUCGUCACUACCUCGUCAGGAUCGGCAGUACAGGCAGCAAACCGCGGCCGCCAGACAAAGUGCAAAAGGAAACCCCCCAAGACAGUGGGUCGUGAUGUGCUCAAAAAACGUCGACUAGCGGCAAAUGCUCGAGAGCGGCGCCGCAUGAAUGGACUAAACGACGCCUUCGACCGCUUACGAGAAGUGAUCCCAGCUCUCAGUGGUGACCAGAAACUGUCGAAAUUCGAGACCCUGCAGAUGGCCCAGACGUAUAUUGCCGCCCUCGCAGAGCUCCUACACUAGGUGUUGGUGUCCGGCAGUGUAGCCGCAUCCUCAGUGUCUAGUCAGAGAUCCGUCCACCUGAAAAAGAAUCUCCGUAACAGUGAACGAUGUCCCCGGCCAGGUGUCCCGCUGCCGUGUCCGUCAGCCUCCGCGCUCCGCUAACAAGACCCCGGAACCAUGUCUACUCCUUCGUUAUACUAGUAACUGAGUAAGAUCAUGGGUGUGGAGCCGCCAGUGACUUCUACCUUGGUGAGUGAGAGGUACUUGGUGCGCAGGAGGGAGCAGAAGCAGCUAGAGGAGGUGGCAGGUCAGCAGGAAGGACUUGGACCUCGCCAUGUUUUACUGUUUACGUUCUGGUGUGAAUCACAAAGUAUUGUUAACUCUUAAGUACUCGAGUCUACGGCAGCCAAAGAUAAUGUUAAGAGAUGAUGUUUCAGUAUGUAAAUAUACAGAAUACACUGAACAAAGAAUGCUUGUUAAAUAAAUCCUGAAAUAUA